GUUAUUUAUUUUUCGUUCAUCGCGGUUUUGUUUACGUUUUUACGUUCACGCCAUGUCAAAUCCUCAGGAGGAGCUUUUGCCGCCCAAUGCCGAAGACGAUGAACUAACAUUGCCACGGGCGAGCAUAAAUAAAAUAAUUAAAGAGCUGGUGCCUACGGUACGCGUUGCCAACGAAAGUCGUGAACUGAUUCUCAAUUGUUGCUCCGAAUUUAUCCACCUGAUCAGCUCAGAGGCGAACGAGGUGUGUAAUCAGCGCAGCAAGAAAACCAUUAACGCCGAGCAUGUUCUCGAGGCUCUCGAUCGCCUCGGCUUUCGCGACUACAAACAAGAGGCCGAAGCUGUGCUGCACGACUGCAAGGAGGUGGCAGCGAAACGACGCAGACAGAGCACGCGUCUAGAGAAUCUGGGCAUACCCGAAGAGGAGCUGCUGCGCCAGCAACAGGAACUGUUUGCCAAGGCUCGCGAAGAGCAGGCACGGGAAGAGCAACAACAAUGGAUGAGCAUGCAAGCAGCUGCCGUCCAACAAAGCAAUGCACUGAUUCAGCGACCCGCGCAAUCGGACAAGGAUGCAAGCGGAGGUGGCGGCGGCGGCGCAAAUAGUAGCUUUGUGAGCAAGCCCAGUGAGGAUGACGAAGAUGAUGACGACGAUGACUACUAAACGAACGAGUUUAUUUGCUUUGCGCUUAAUGUAAUUUGUAAUAAUUAUAAUUAAACUAUUGUCAUAAGUCAAAUCUC